CACGUGAUCUCCGCAAGCUGAGCCAACGUCAACUCGCGGUGUCGGAUUAAACUCCUCGAUUUAAACGUCGUUUACUCUUUUGAAAUCACAACUUUCAAAGAUAAACAACUAAAAGACAUUGGCACCACGGCGCGGCUUGAAGGCGCUUUCACGUCCUUCAUUCGCUAAAUAUCGCGGCCCUGAGCGAGCAGGAUGAACGAGGUGAACGCGGCACUGUGCGAGGGUGUGGUGCCGGCAUCAUACGCACGCCAGGGCCACGAGGCGCGGCGCGCGCACGAGAAGGUCGUGCGCGUGCUGCUUGAGAAGCGUAAGUUGCCAGAGGAAGGCUGGGAGGACCAGACGAUCGAGCUGCUGCUGCAGGAGCUGUCCAUCAUGGACUCGAACAACUUCUUGGGAAACUGCGGCGUUGGGGAGCGUGAGGGCCGUGUGGUUUGUGCUCUCGUGGCCAAAAGACAUUACAGGAUGAUCCAUGGCAUCGGGAGGUCAGGUGACAUCACAGCUGUGCAACCCAAAGCAGCCGGCUCAAGUCUUCUCAGCAAACUGGCAAACUCAGUCGCCCUGGACGUGAUAAGGACCAGCGGUGUGCGCAGUGCGAGCGCAUGCUUCGUGGUGCCGGUUGCCACGGGCAUGGCGCUCUCGCUGAGCUUCACAGCGCUGCGGUCGCACCGCCGCUCCGCUCGCUACGUGCUCUGGCCACGCAUCGACCAGAAGUCCUGCUACAAGGCCAUGCUGUGUGCCGGUCUGGAGCCCGUGGUGCUGGAGAACCUGCUGGAGGGGGACGAGCUGCGCACAGACCUCGGGGCACUAGAGGCGGCCGUGGUGGAGUUAGGGGCAGAGAACAUUCUGUGUGUCCACUCCACCACCUCCUGCUUCGCCCCACGCACUCCCGACCGUUUGGAGGAAAUCGCUGAGAUCUGCAAGCGACACGAAAUCCCGCACGUCGUCAACAACGCGUACGGAGUGCAGAGCAGCAAGUGCAUGCACCUCAUCCAGCAGGCUGCGCGUGUUGGCCGGGUGGACGUGUUUGUGCAGAGUCUGGAUAAGAACUUCAUGGUGCCGGUGGGAGGCGCCAUCAUCGCUGGCUUCAACCGCGACCUCAUCGCUGACAUCGGCAAGACCUACCCAGGCCGUGCGUCUGCCGCCCCGUCGAUGGACUUCCUCAUGACCAUGCUGUCCCUGGGCCAGCGUGGAUACAAACGCCUCCUCGCGGAGCGCAAGGCAAUGUACACAUACCUGGAGAACAAGAUGAAAGUGCUGGCCCUGGAGAACGGAGAAAAGCUGCUACACACACCGCACAACCCCAUAUCCCUGGCGAUGUCCAUGAGCUCCCUACCUCCAGCUGUUGUGACGCAGCUGGGCUCCAUGCUGUUCACAAGACAAGUGUCCGGCGCCAGAGUGGUCCCGCUGGGCGGGGUGACGCAGACGGUUGGCGGACGCGAGUUCCACGGCUUCAUGUCGCACUCGCCUUGCUACCCCGUCGCCUACCUCAACGCCGCUGCAGCCAUCGGCAUGACGCAGGCGGACGUGGGCGCCUUCACGUCGCGCCUGUCCCGCUGCCUCGACGCGCUGCGACGCGACGCGUGCAGGAAGAGCAGCGGCAUCAAUUCGGACGGAGACGGUGCAAACCCAAAUCCCGGUGACAAAGGUGGCGGCCAAGCAAAUUCGGGCAGCAAGGACACCAACCAGGAGGGUGGUGGCGAAGACGACGACGGUGAUGACGACGGUGAUGACGAUUUUGGUGACGAUGCUGACGUAGAACAGGAAGGUGACGUCCGUUGUGAAGCCGGAAGCGAUUCUGGUGGCAGAACAGGGAGCCAUGUCCGAUGUGCAGGAAGUGAUGUCAGAGAUUUAGGAAGCGCUGGUACGGAUCAAAGAAGUAAUGUCAGAGAUACAGUAAGUGAUGGCGCAAAUAAAGGAAGUGAUCUCAAAGAAGCAAUUCCAGGGGUUGAGGGGGAGAGUGGCGGUAGGGGAGAGUGAAGGUGUCGGGGACCUGAGCAUGCAGCGAGCAGCACGGCGCUAAGGAGACAACGGCUGAGGGAAGAAUUUCAGCGGCGAAGGGCGGUGACUUUAUCAGAGAAAUAUGGAGCUGCCUGAGGAUUAGCUCCUGUAAAUGACGGUUACAGUGAAUAAUUCCACUGGUUGCCGAGACUCGUCUCAGUUGAUUAAUCUGAUUCUGGUAAUCGUGUUGAUCAAGCGGGAAACCGGAGCAAGACUAUUGCAAGCAAGGAAGAUGGAACCCCGCAAAUGAUUUGGUGCUCGUUCAGUAACACUUUCCGACCGGGGGUAGUAGUGAAGCCUUUAUACAUUGCCUCCGUCUGUCCGUAACGAGAAGACGCUCUAGCUCUCGCAAAGAUGAUCCGAUAAGAACCAAACUGUAGCGUACAGUUGUGUCGCUAUGAGGGACUUGAGGCCCUCGAGAAAAAAAAAAACGGCCAAAUUGAUAAAAGUUUUUGCCUAAAAUUUGGAAAUAAAAACAAGCGCUCGACGGGACUUGCAGGGCGUUCUGCUUCCUGUGCGCUUGGUGUGAGGGACGACCGUUGCCAUGUCACUCUUCUAACACCGGACAAGCCCGUGUUGGGAAGCUUUACAGAAUCCCUGCAUGUGCAUGAUUUUUGCUUAUUUCCGAUCAAAGAAUCGAAAUAUCCAUUGCAGGUACUAUUAUUAUUAUGUAGCUACAAAUUCAUUUUGUUAAGUUUGUUGAGCUGGUUGGCCAGGAUUGGUCAAAAACCUAGCCCACUUUUCACACAGGCAACUGGAGAGCGCAGACUAAUUAUUACUAACCUAACAUUAAAACUAACAAUAACAUAUUUAAGAAUCAGAAUAGACCAAUACAUAUAUACUCUUUAAAAUAGUAAUUAAAAUAACAAUAUUAAACUUUAAAUCUAAUUAAUGGUCCUCAAACUAUUUUCUUGGGUCUUUCGGUAAAUUCACGUAAAUAGGUUCAAAGAAAAUAACAAAAAACUACGACGUUUCGAUCGCAACACAAGCGUAUGUCAUCGGGAAGAAAAAAAGAGGGGGACAGCUGCUGAGGCAAACUGUUUUAAAGGGUUAAAAUAGGUGUUGCCCAAGGGUCAUAAACGAAGUGGGCGGGGCUAGUGAUGUUACUGUGAGAGGUUAGCAUGGUAGUGGAGGAUCACAGAGCAGCAACGUCGAGCAAGGUGACUGUUUAAGUGUGGGAAAGUUAACCUUUUAAUGUAAAGUCAGAGAGCCGAAAAUAACAACUAACAUCGGAAAGUGGUAGGAUGGGAACAUCACAGCCAGUUAUGAGUUAAACUGGUUGAUAAGUCCUUCCAAUGAUUACUCAGUUUAUACCCAUCUUCUCGAUUGAAGUUGUGUCUGUAUAUGUGGAUGGCUUCAUGAACGAAUCUUUGUUGAUAGCCAGUGGGUUUGCAAAGCACCUUCGUCUUAGAGAAAUCAAUUUCGUGUGAGCCCAUCACAUUAAAACAAUGAUCAGCCACGGCCAAGGUAUUGGUCCUACCGUGUUGCAGAUCUGCCUUAUGUUCACGAACAUAGUCCGAGACAUGUUGCUUAGUUUCCUCAAUGUAACUACUGCCACAGACACAGCUUAGUUUGUAGACGCCGGGGUAUUGCCUGUCAGGGAUCACAUCCUUCACAGAUGGGAUCAGAUCACGAAUUUUAUGUACUGUGUUAAAUCGAACCUGGAUCUUGUGUUUGCUCAUGAUUUUGGAGAUCUUUUUGGUGACCCCUGCUAUGUAUGGCAAGGUGAUGGUUUUGAUUGGGUCCUCAGAUGGUUCUUUCCCAACGGUUGGGGUAAUAGCUUUACGGAUUGUGUAGUCUGAAUAUCCAUUCAUUUACAUGCUAAUUUCUCACGUUAACAUCACUAGCCCCGCCCACUUCAUUUAUGACCCUUGGGCUACACCCAUUUUUUUAAACCUUUAAAACAGUCUGCCUCAGCAGCUGUCCCCCUCUUUUUUCUUCCUGAUGACGAACGCUCGUGUUGCGAUCGAAACGUCGUAGUUUUUUAUUUUUUGUUAUUUUCUUUGAACCUAUCUACAUGACUUUACCGAAAGACCCAAGAAUAUGAAUUCCUGCAGUAACGAAAGCUUUAAGUCAAGGUCCUCAAACUAUCCGAGACACUUGUUCCAGUGCCCAACCAGGCUAUUAUUAUUUAAUUUAGAAACACCGUGAGCAUCAAAUUUAGCGCCACGAGGAAAAUGUUUGCAAUUUAAAAGCAGUUACUAGAAGGCAAUCGAUCUGGGUGAGAAUGGAAAGUACAUUUUCCCUUAAAAUUAUAAUUUUAGUAAAUAAAAUAUUGCAUGUGAACAGGAUACAUGGUAA